GUAACAGCUGACAGUGCCGUUAAGGGGGGUUAAACAACAUGUUUGGUCGGGAGGUUAUUGGGUUUGCUUUACUCCGGCGGCAAGAAAUUCCUGGUUAGCAUCAGCCAGCUAACGUUGCCGCGCACGUCAACUUAGCAAGUCAAGCUCAACUCAGCCUGCCCACUACCUUUGGCUAAUUUUGCUCGCACUGUAAUACACAGCCGUUGUGCUGGAUUUCCAAAUAAUAUGGUGAACACGACAGAUGCUACCGUGCCACGCCGAAAGCCCAAAAACUUCACAAUGACCUCAUCGUCUGUUUGGUUGGCUGGUAGGCUGAAGCUGGGGCAGCAAUCAUGACCAUGAAGCGAGGAGCCGAGCAAGAUCUCUUCCAUCAUGGCCGCUAACGCCUAUCCGAAUUCUUUGGAAGGCACGGAGGGCGAGGUGAAGGAGGGCUUCCUUUGUCCGCUGUGCCUCAAGGACCUGCAGUCGUUCUACCAGCUCCAAGAGCACUACGAGGACGAGCAUUCUGGCGACGAGCGCCGCGUUCGAGGGCAACUCAAAAGUUUAGUCCAGAAGGCAAAGAAAGCUAAAGACAAGCUGUUGAAGAGGGAUGGAGACGAGCGUGGGGAUGCUGGCACUUACGAGUCCUUCUAUUACGGUGGCGUGGACCCGUACAUGUGGGAACCUCAGGAGCUGGGAGCAACAAGAAGUCACUUGGACUUGUUCAAGAAGCAGCGCGCCGCCAGGAUCGAUCACUACGUCAUCGAAGUCAAUAAGCUCAUCAUCAGACUGGAAAAGAACCAACUCAGACGCAGCCAAAAUCCGAGCCAUCGAGAAGUCUGUCGUGCCCUGGGUGAGAGACGGAGACGUCCCUUUCUGUCCCGACUGUGGAACCAAGUUCAAUCUUCGCAACAGACGGCACCACUGUCGUCUCUGUGGCUCCAUCAUGUGCAGGAAGUGCGUGGAGUUUGUUCCCCUGCCUCUCGCUCAAAAGCUCAUUAACGGCACGCGAGAGGCUCUGAGCUUCGCCGGUAGCCGUAGUCAGUCGCAGUCUCCGAGCGGGGUGGGCUCCAGGAGGGGUAGCGUGAGCAGCAUGAGCAGCGUCACGUCAGUGAUUGAUGACAAGGACGAUGAGAAGAUUCGCUGCUGUCGACACUGCACGGACACGCUGCGGAAGAAGCAGCACAAGUUGGAUGACAAAGACUUUGUGCCCGAUAUCGUCAAACUUUACGAGAGGUUGAGGAUGUGCAUGGACAAGGUGGAUGAAAAGGCCCCCGAAUACAUCCGAAUGGCUGAGUCACUCAACGCCGGCGAGACCACCUACAAUCUUGACACAGCGGGGGGACUUCGACUGGAAGUGCAGAAAUAUUAUGAACUCAUUGAUGCUCUUAGCAAGAAGAUUUUGACUUUGGGAGUGAAAAAUGAUCCUCAGCCGCAUCCAAAGGCACUGCAGCUGCAGAGGAUGGUGCGCUACUCAGCCACGCUCUUUGUACAGGAGAAACUUCUGGGGCUCAUGUCGUUACCAACCAAGGAGAAAUAUGAGGAGCUGAAAGAAAAUAGGAAACGCCAACAAGAGAUGAGACUCCAACAAGAGAGAUUGGCUGCCCAGGAGGUUGUGACGAGAAAUCGUCCUGCUGCGAGCUCUAACGGCGAGCCGCCACUCGCCCCCAGGGCUGUCAGCAUGACCAAAGCCGGGGGUUGGUUGCCCUCGCCCGACUCCUCAGGCCACGUGCGCAGGGCGCUUGACGACCCCCUCUUACAGCAGAUCGAAAACAUUCGCUCGUUCCUGCGGCAGGCGCGCGAGGCCAGCAGAACGGACGAAGCAACAAUGCUGGAGGAGAACUUGCGUCAGCUCCAGGACGAAUACGACCGGCGGCAGACCGACCUGGCCCUCGCACUCUCGCAGAAGCUGGCAGAAGAAGAGAACGAGCGGCAGGGUGAGCUGCGCCGCCUGGAGGCCUGGGAGAGAGCAGAGAACAAACGUGGAAGUCCUACUCAGCAAGCAGAUUUUGAUCAUGUCAGUCCUGACGCAAGCUCCCUCGCGGAGGAGUUCCCUCCUGCAAACGCUGACGGACACGGUAACCUUCCAUGUGAUGAGGCCUCGACACCCGUCGAGGAAGAUCCGUCCAAUCCCUUCUGUGAGGACAUCAAGAGGGAGCGCAUGGAAGCGGCCAGUGAAAAAAGAGAAUACAACCCUUUUGACGAGGACGAUACACAGAACGAUUGUGUUCCCAGCAAUCCCUUCGAGGAGGAAGAGGAGCACGACAACGCGGACAGCGGCAACCCCUUUGCAGAGGAAGAUGAGCGUGACGACAACAUGGGCAGCCGCAAUCCCUUCGCGGAAUGCUCAAAAGCCGGCUCGUCCACCAAUCCCUUCGAUUGUGACGACGAUGACAACGUGGACUUGAUCGAAGAAGAACUCCUGCUGCAGCAGAUCGACAACAUCAGGGCAUACAUUUUUGACGCCAAGCUCAGUGGCCGAACGGACGAAGUGGAGCUGCUGGCUGAGAACUUAAGAGAGUUACAGCAGGCCUUACGUGAGCACAAGAAAAACGAGCUGUGACACAAACACUCCAACACCAGCCGACUGGCCGUUCGUUCAUCCACGAUACGGGCUUGAGGCAUUUAGGCCACAUCUUAGACAUCUAGCUGUGACUGUUGGAACAUGCUUUUUCCUUACUACCAGACAACUGAGCGCACACACUACUAAGUUCCCCCGCAACGCUACUAUAUUUUCACUUCUAGUUCAACCUCAUACCAGUGAGGCAAAACUGCACUUACUGUAUACAGGAGCCCUACAAGUACACUGAAGUUGCAAUGUGUAGGACUAACAAAUAGUCAAACAAGUUGUUCCACUUGUGCACUGAAUUCUUACUUUUUCAGUGUAACUAGUCCAUAGACCUUAAGUCUGAUGUCAGAUAAUAACGCAAACAGCACUCAUGAAUAGAGCACUGGAAAAAACUUGAGAGCGUGCAGGUGUGCCGUGUUUAUUUCUAAUGCUGAUUUGGCUGAUUUCUAUAUAACAGCUACCAGUGGAGGUUUAUACCCUUUCCAGCGCAACAACUACUUCCAGCUUGGCCUCAAUGUGUAGAUGUGGCUCCACAUCACCACAACGUGCCUUUGGGUGUCCUCGUCACAAUCACUCAGCUGUUGUGAGACUCUCGUGGGCACCAUGUUGGUGACCGUAAAAACCACAAGGUAGGAAAGAAGAGCGCCCGUUUAAAAAAAUAGUUCACCUUUCCCAAAAAAGUUGUUUUCUGGCCUGCAGUGAGGACCUCCCGAAGGCACCUUAUGCUGAUGUAUGAAUGUCUAAGUGAGCUUAUCUUGUGCUUGAUAUCAAAUGGCGAUGUAUGCCUAUGUUCUGCUUUUUACACAUAUGACACAAGCCCACUUAAUGCCAGCAAGUGUCGUCGCUCACGCCAACUUGUUUCUAACCCUGAAAAGAACUAUGUGCUAACACAUUACAGUUUGAUAUAUUGCACAAAUUGAGCACAAAUUCAAGUUAGGACUGCGUACGUUUCAGUGUUGACUGGCCUGUGGACACAUUUUGAUGGGAAUUUUUUUUUAGAAAGGACUGAUACCGUAAAGACCAUGUAUAAAUGUUUUGCCAGUAGUUUUACCAACAUCAGAUAUAAUGCAUAUGCUUAUUGCCCAAAUGUAAAGAUCAAAUGAUCAGUUGAUUUUUUGCAUGUUUUUGUACUUGGAAAUUCCUCUUUGCUGUCAAGUUAAAUACUAAAGUAUUGUAAAUUACCCAAAUGUUCUGUCUAACGCACAUCAUUCUUACAAGUGUAAAAAAAAUCAUGAGAUAUACAGUACAGUGUAUUUUAUUUUUUUUCCUGCCAAUUUUCAAUGGACAAAAAUCAUUAUUGGUAAGACACCAUAGUGCAAAGUCCUGGUUUCCCACUUGGAAGUAAUUGGCCUGAAGCAGAAGACAGUCAGCUUGAUUUUGUCCAUGUCUUCCAAAUGGCUUUACUUUUUGAAAAAUGAUAUGGAGCCCUGUGGGUCGAGCUUCAGCGCAAUCAAGAAGUGUUAGCUGCGUGCUUGGCCCUGGUGUUUGUACAGUAGGUGGGCUGACAUUUGAAUAAAGGGAAAAUUUGUUUUGCCUGGAAACCAUCUUUUGUGACAC